GGCCAUGACAGUGACAGUGAUUGAUAAACAACAGGAGCCAGACGUAGGUCGGCAUGAUUCAAUAUGAAGCAUAUGAAGCAUAUGAAGCAAGACGGACUGUCCGUAUAUAAAUAGGUUCACGCUCGAGUGGUUGAUUAAUCCGUGCCCCGCGAAGGUCUUUCGCCAGUCUGAGAGCGAUAACGAUUCACUAUAAGAAGUGCCCAUCAACCCUCCCUUCUGGUAAAUAUCGCUUCUCGAGGUCAUCGUCUUCAAAAGCUUCAUCGACGGAAUCAUUCAAAGGACGUCCACCAGCUGAGAAUAUCAGGUACUGCUCUCCUCCAACUCUACACUCUUCACUGAACGGGUAUCAAAUGGACGUUAAGGUUAUCUCAGCAGUCGAGAAUCAAUCCAUAUUAACCCACAGACCCAUAGUAUAGAUAGUAUAGGCCCAUAGACCCUGGAUCUCCAUCACUAACGGAAGCCCUUCAGACAUCCAGAGCUCAACCACAGCCACAACCACAACCACAACUUGACCCAUCCCGUCGUCCAUCCACUUUAAAAUACCUUCACAAUGUCCUCCAACUCCAAUGCCCACGAGAUAGUUAUUCUAGGUGGAAAUUUUGGCGGAGUCAACGCCGUUCAUCAAUUGCUUCGUCAGACUUUACCUCAGCUCCAUCGUCUCGAGCAAACAAAAUCCUAUCACAUCACCCUCAUCACCCCCAACACGUCAUUCUUCUUCAAGAUCGCCAGUCCACGAGCUCUCAUUAAUCCAACCUUAAUUCCUCAAGAGAAAAUAUUCGUCCCAUUGUCCGAGGCCUUUUCAAGAUAUGACGCCUCGCAAUUCGAAUUGAUUCAAGGCGUGGCUUCCGCUUUAGACCCCGCAGCGCGAACAGUCACCGUAUCAACAGGCGACGGAACUACAGAAACCACACGACAAGUUCGCUACGACUCCCUCAUCAUCUCCACAGGUACAACCUCCAAAUCCCCACUCUGGACACUCCACGGUUCAGAAUCUCACACAAAAUCUGCAUUGAGUGCAUUACACACUGCUCUCCCCACCGCCAAGACUGUCCUCGUAGCCGGAGGCGGCGCAGCUGGUGUUGAAACCGCAGGAGAAAUUGCACAAAACUACCCAAACUGUAAAGUUACACUUCUCUCUGGUGCAAACAGAGUUCUUUCGAGAGUCAAACAGGCAACUAGUGCACGAGCACAAGACUAUCUCGAGAACAUUGCUCACGUCGAGGUUAUCAAUGAUGUACGCGUUGAAAGUACAGACCCUGCUGAGCCGGGUGUUUCCCCUACUACGUUAACCCUCAGCGAUGGUAGUAAACGCGAUGUCGAUAUAUACAUUGACGCGACUGGAGGAGCACCCAACAGUGAAUUCCUACCAAAAUCAUGGCUUGAUGAAUCAGGCCGCGUCAUCACACGCGAUGCCUAUUUCCGUGUCAAGGGAGAUAGUUCAGACGAUGUAAAGGGUAUCUACGUGUUGGGAGAUAUCGUAGCCGGAAGUUCCAAUUCAGCCAUAGAUCUCGACCCUAUGCUUGUAACAUUAUGUUCUUCUCUAGCAGUAGAUAUUGCCAACGAUCUCGGCGUCAAGAAACCUGCUGAGCCAACUCCUGGAUUGUUGGGCUCGGUAUGGAAAAUGAUUGCGGGCGGUUCUGGAACUGGAUAUCCCGUGCAACAGGAAUUCAAGCCCAUGAAGGAAACAAUUUUCGUACCCAUUGGAAAUGGAGGUGGUGUCGGACAGGUUUUUGGUUGGAGAGUUCCUAGUUUGUUGGUCAAGAUUGGUAAGGCAAAGGCUUUCUUGAUUGAACUUGUCGGACCAAUGAUCUCAGGAGAAAAAUUUAAGAAGGCUUGAUUCGAUACCUCGGCGAGAAUAGGAUUACGGAAGGGUCUUAGGUUCAGAUAGCAGGUGCACUGGUGGUUAGGGCGAUAUCCUUUUCAAGAUCUUAAAUACUGGCGCAAAUGGAAAUUCUUCACAUUGUAUCUCUCAAUUUCUAAUUCAAAUUCACACGGGUGAGAAUCCUUUCCUCAAUCUUUCCUUGCGUGUACCCCCAAACCGAAAUCUAAAUCCCACGCAGUUCUCCAUAUGAUUUUUGUUUAAUUUUGUGGCCUUGUAAGAAUUCUCCAUUGCCACUUGUUAUGAUUCAUACAUACCCUUUACACGAACAUUUAGAAAACAUUAAUGGCUUUAGAAGCGA